UUCUUCUUCUGCGUUUUACCUGCGUCUUGUUUAUUCUUCUUCUGCGUUCUGUGUUGAUCCUUUGGAUUUCCCUUGGCAAUUUCACAAUGGCACCAACACUGUCCAAGCAACAGGAGACACGGAAAAUGAGAACGUACACAGUCGUGAAAUUUAAAAACGACACAGUGGAGUUCGUUCCCAGUAGCUGGAUAAUCGGGGGGAAGUUGUGCCUCUGGCCGGGAGGGAAGCCAAACUCUCGGGUUGCACAGUUAAUCCGAGACCGCUGCAGCCCCGAAGAUGAUUGGGAGCUGUGCGCAUGUGAAUGCAUGGCGUCCUUCAAUAGCUACAAAAAGGCCAAGAAGAACGCGCGGGACGCGGAAUAUACGUCCCACUUGGAUACCGAACAGAGCGAGGAGGAAGAAUCUAGUGCAGUCGACCCGAACCCUGCGCCGAGGAAAAGGCUGAGGCUCCCAUCACCACCCUGUGACAGAGACGGCCUGACUUGCAGUCCUCUGCACGAGACACAAUGGCCAUCAACCAGUGGCCUUGUGAGUUCUCAGCAAGAGGCCAGAAACACAAACGGCGAGCCUGUGAUGCCACUUCGUCCAAGCAGUGUGUCGUCCAACCAGGACACACAUUCCCAGGGACAGUACUCUUCACCCAGUUGCAGCAGACCUGCAACAGCAGCUCACGACAGUGAAGAUGGUGUCACCCCUUACGAGAGGAAAUCGUUAAGGCUUCUCAUUGAAAUAAAGAGAGCCCUGAGGGACCUCUCGCAGAGGGUUGCUGCACUUGAAGGGCAAGGGGGAGCCACAGGGCAAGCUCUUGGGGACCACAAUGGUGUCCUCGAGGAGCUUCUCAAGGAGCCACUGUCGACCGUCGAGGAGUGGGACGCCCUUGAAGAGGAACUGCAGGACAGCGCCACACGGAAGGCCGUAGUGAGCCGACUUGCUGUUGUAGGGGGCAGCAACCUCAAUGAUGUGGUGCGCCUCAUCAUGGAGACCUGCACCCGAAAAUCCCUGCAGCAGCAGGUAACGGUUGAGGGCCGUAAUGGGAAACGGGCCUUCAAGGGCACGCAAUUAUUCGCGUGCGUGCUUGGUAAGUCACAUUUUGCAUGUUUUUGCCUUGCUUUUAUAUUGCCCAUCUUUCCUAACUAAUGAAGCUGUGCUAAGUGAUGAACAUGAGACUGAUCUUGCAGUUCAUCAGGUUCCUUCAGUGUAUUUUCUCGGAACCUGUUACUGUGGUUUCAUCCUGAUACUCAACGUGAACAUGUAGAUCAAUCGGCUGUUGGCAGUCGCCUGGGAAACUUCUGCAAGAUUCCGUGAGAAGAAUGAAACCCAUGAUCUAGUGCAUUUUCUUCAUAUGUGUUCAUAAAUUAUUAAGACUAACAUUUUUCUCAUGAAUAGGUGAAAUUUUCACAGCUUUUCUCAAGAUAAGGUUAUCCUUAACACGUUAUUUGUGUGGUAUUAGUAAGAAUCCCAAUGACAUGUAUGAGCUGAUUGAAAUGCAGGAGCUACACCUUAUGGUCGUAUCUUGCUAUGAUAUCAGCAACAGCAAAAAUUAUGAAGACAUGUACACCUGAAACACCCUUCAAUGCUAUGUCACAAGAAACAUCACUUCACGUGUGUGUUUGGUGAGUGGUAUUUCGGUGGUAGUUAUCCUUCGCUGCUGCUCAUGUGUUGCAUUAGGAAUGUAACAGAGCCUCAUUAAUUUCGUGGUUGUGCCAUUGAUUAUAUGGAAGCAUGAAAACUGCAACUCUAAUAGAUGAACAACCUUUUUUUGUGAUGAUUGUAUGUGAAUGUGGUAUACAUUUUCUGUAAAUUAAUCUGUGCUGUUUUAUUUUUUUCAAAGCGGCUGUCCACAAGAGGAUGAGUAUCCUCAGCAUUGAGGUCACCGAUAAGGAGAUCACCUCCAGAAUCGGCAGGUAUCUCACGUGCGCCAUUGACAGGGAAGGAGGGAGAAAAGAGAGGUUGGCAAAAGAGAAAUAAAUGUGCAAUCUUUGUAUUUA